GUCAAGACAAGACACAAAAAGUUAACAUAAUAGAUUUAAUAGAUUUAAUGGAUUUUGCUGAUAUGGAUAUUUCAGAGAACGUUUUCUCCUCUGUAGAAAGUAAUUUAAUUGAAGUGGCUAAUGAAAUUGAUGAAGAAACUGACAAAACUAAUGAAGUUGAUAAUGAAACUGACGAUGAAAAUAGUGAGAUUGAUGAAGCUGAUGAAUUCGAAACAUUUAUAGACAAGAGACUAUUGAUUGAUAUUAUAGAAGAAAAUCCAACAAAUGAUGAAAUUUUAGAAGAAUCUUCAGAAUUUAGAGGUUUAGAUAGAGAAUAUGGACCAUACUUUUCAAAUUUUACAGUCGCAAUGCUUUAUAUAUGGAGUACUAAGCAUACAAUUACAACUAGUGCAUAUAAAGAUCUUUCUAAAAUUCUUAUACAUCCUGACUUUCAUACUGAAGAUGUUGUUACAAAUAUUCAGUGUAUUCACAAGUGGAGGUAUAGAUUGCCUCUAGUCAAAGUAUAUCAGCAUGAUCAUAUAUUGAAUAAUCUAACAAUUAUGCCUAAGCUAUAUUUUAGGCCUGGUAUAGUUAAUGAAGAAAAAUAUGAAUUUUGGCAUAGUGAUCUCUGGCAGGAUUCUCCUCUUUUUGGAGAGCAUAAAAUAAUUCAACAAACUAAGAGGCAAUUAUUAGAAAUUCAAGAUCAACAAUCAAAUAUGCGUAAAAAACAAUUAGCUAUAAUGUAUGAAGUGACAUCUUUUAGACCUUUUAAAAUACUUAAGUAG